CAAUCGCGGCGCGUAAACUGAACUUUAUUGUUGUCAGCAACUACCAGCGAAUAUAGUUGUAAGCUAACGUUAGCCGAAAGGUGAGCUAACAGUAGACUAUUGUUUGUCUCAUUCACCGUUAUAAAGAAGUAGUAAUCAGUUACAUUUAGUUGUAACGAUCAGGAGAGUCGCUCUCACGGGCUGUUUGUCUCCAAUAUCAGGAAAGAUGACUUCUGCACCGUCUGAUCCAACUCUAGAGAGACAUUUCAAGGGUCACAGGGACACUGUUACGACUGUGGACUUCAGCUGCAACAUGAAACAGAUUGCCACAGGCUCUAUGGACUCCUGUGUGAUGAUCUGGAACACGAAACCUCAGAUGCGAGCGUAUCGUUUUGAUGGACACAAAGAUGCUGUCCUUUCUGUUCAGUUUUCUCCCUCGGGCCACCUGGUGGCCUCGGCCUCCAGAGACAAGACUGUACGGCUUUGGGUGCCCAGCAUGAAGGCUGAGUCAACAUCUUUCAGGGCUCACACGGCUACUGUGCGCAGUGUUAACUUUUCUGGUGACGGACAGAAUCUGGUCACAGCUUCUGACGACAAGACCAUCAAAGUGUGGACCGUCCACAGGCAAAAGUUUCUCUUCUCUCUCAACCAGCACAUCAACUGGGUCCGCUGUGCUAAGUUUUCUCCAGAUGAUCGUUUGAUUGUGUCGUCCAGUGAUGAUAAGACUAUAAAGCUGUGGGACAAGAAUAGCAGAGAGUGUAUCCAUUCUUUCUAUGAACAUGCUGGUUAUGCAAACCAUGUGGACUUUCAUCCCAGUGGAACAUGCAUCGCUGCAGCCAGUACUGACAACUCUGUCAAGGUGUGGGACAUCAGAUCCCAUAAGAUGCUACAGCACUACCAAGUCCACAGUGGUGUGGUGAACAGCUUGUUUUUCCACCCGGGUGGUAAUUUCCUCAUCACUGCAUCCAGCGAUUCCACAAUGAAGAUACUGGACCUUGUAGAGGGCAAGCUACUGUAUACACUGCACGGACACCAGGGUCCAGUGAACUGUGUGGCCUUCUCCAGGACAGGAGAGUACUUUGCCUCUGGAGGUUCUGAUGAACAGGUAAUGGUUUGGAAGAGUAACUUUGACAGUGCUGAAGGCAACGAUGGCGUCAGGCUGCAGCAUAAAACUGCUUUCAGCUUGCAGGCACUACCAGCCAGCUCCACGGCGCACCUCUCGCAUCCAUCUGUACUCCGCAGCCAGGCUUCUGAACCAACAGAACAUUUUACCGGACAGGACUCCCACACUGCUGCCCACACUCAGAGCGCCAGUCGCAGUGGCAGCCACAGCAAAGCGACUCAAUCCCACUCUCACAGACACCUCAGCACGAGUUCCUCCUCCACCCACCAGACACAGACCCGGGGUUUACCACAGCAUUCAUCCCAGGUUCAAGCACAGUCCCAGUUCUCAGAUGGAGGGGUCCCCCCUGGUCUAGCCAGCACCCUGGAACACAUCAUAGGUCAACUGGAUAUUCUCACUCAGACGGUUUCGAUCUUGGAGCAGCGGCUGACGCUAACAGAGGACAAGCUCAAGGAGUGUUUGGAGAACCAAAUGGAGAUCGGUCUACAUCUCCAGAGACGAGAGGAGGCCUGAAGAUGGCGGCACCAGGAAAAUGUUGAGCUGUGGUGUGAGGGGAAAAGGGGUCACACCAACACCAUUAACAGAAACACGUAAACAGCACUCUCUCGUUGUUGUAAGAUCACACUUAAAAUGUGCAAUCUUGCACACAGUCCUGAACCAUUUUCCUGACUGGACUUUAAAUGCACACUGAGCCUUACUGCUGAUGUACUGUGUCUGGUUAUUUAACAAAGAGAUAUCAGAAGUGAAGUUGUUGAAUAUUAGAGAAGUUGUUCUUCUACAAGAGUGCUGAGAGAGCAGUCCCUUUUCUGCUGACGAAGGACCUGCUGCUACUAGUCACUGUGUGUGAGUGUGCGCCCACGAGGAUUGCCUUUACAAAAGUGUAGACACGUGCAAGAGACUUUCGUAUUUGCCUUUGCACUACGCUACAUUUCAUUUCUAUUUGUGCGCAUAAAACGCUGCUUUUCAUCAAAAAGCACAUAUACUGUAAACAGUUUACAAAUCAUUAGUAAACACUCACUUGUGCAGCAAAUGAGUGUUUACUUAAUGAGUGUGAAUGUUAAUGCAGUCCUGAAAAUAUUCUUCAACAAAUGUUUUCUUCCAACUAUUGUCUUCUUUUUGAGUAAUAUUUGCUUAAAAAAUGUGCCUGUUUAAGGAACUUAUUUUGCCUUUUUUUAGUGAAAUUAUAUAAUUGUGUCCCAAUUUUAAAGAUUUGACAUUGUGGAACGAAUGGGCCUACAGCUGAGAGCAACACAUGGGGUAGGAAAGUCAGAAAGUAUUGAGAGAUAAAUGCAUUGUUAGUUUUUGUCUUCUUACUGGACUGGUGACAAUGAAACAAAAUGUCAAAAGAAAGACAUAAAGACUUUAAGUUAAAAUGAUGGUGCGGUUUGGAUUUUCUGUUCUGUCCAUGCAUAACAUCUGAUUGUAAUUACUGCAGUUUGAAAGAUAAGCGACUUGUUCCGUCCCUUUUAUAUCCUGUGUGUGAAACUUUUACACACUGAAAGUAACUUAUUGUGUACCUUCUUAAUAAAUGUUUUCCACUCUUA